UUCCCUUUCGUGAACGACACGAUCCGGCCCUCCCGCUCUCUCUCCUCCCCUUCCCCUUCCGCUGUAGUACUCAUUAUGUAGAAGACGACGAAUCCAUCGAUCCAUCCCUCCUCGCCUCCGCCUACCCAUGGACUUGCUCGAGCUCCACCGUCUCGUCGCCGGCGGAGCAAAGCCAGGGUUCGAUCCCUUUAACCUCCCUGGCUUCUCCGCCUCGGCUGCCCCCGCCCAGCCCGGAUCGGAGUACCCGAUGGCGCCUCCGUUCGACCCUUCUGCUGUCGUUCAGCCUCCGCCUCCACUUCAACUUCAUCCUCCUCCGCCGCCGGCGGAAAUGCAGAUCUUCGGAUUGAUGGAAAGUGGGGGGAGAAGCGGUCGGUGGCCGAGGCAGGAGACGCUGACGCUCCUGGAGGUGCGGUCGCGGUUGGACUCCAGAUUUCGGGAAGCCGCCCAAAAGGGCCCCCUCUGGGACGAGGUUUCUAGGAUCAUGGCGGAGGAGCAUGGGUACCAGAGGAGCGGGAGGAAGUGCAGAGAGAAGCUGGAGAAUCUGUACAAGUACUACAAGAAGACCAAGGAAGGGAAAGCAGGGCGGCAGGACGGGAAGCACUACCGGUUCUUCCGGCAGCUGGAAGCCCUAUACGAGAAGGAAGAGAGAGGAACCGAUUGCAGAGACGCCGAUCAAAAUCCUAACUUUUCCGGCGGCAAUCGCGUCGUCGACAACAUUAAUGCUACCGCCACAAGUACUAAUCUGCCUCCCAACUUCCAGCUGCCUUCCAUCUGCUUGUUGUCGAAUUGCUCCACUGACAGCGACGGCAGCUCGUCAUCGUCGGACGAGGAGGAAGAGAGCGACCGGGCUGCGAAGGAGUUCAUCGGCGGGCAGAUCAGUCGGUUCAUCGAGGCCCAGGAGGCAUGGAUGGAACGGAUGCUGCGGGCGCUGGAGGAGGCGGAGGCCGCGCGGGUGUCGCGGAAGGAGGAACAGCGACAGCGGGAGGCGGAGCGGCAGCGGACCGAGGCGAAGCGUUGGGCCAGCGAGCGGGCGUGGACGGAGGCGCGCGACGCGGCGAUUAUGAGAGCGCUGGAGAAGAUUAGCCGGCGGCGGAGGUCGACGGCGGACGAUUAACGGAGGAGGUUGUGGAUGAGCAAAACCUGGUGCUCAAGGUGUUCGAUCAAUGUCGUCUUCUUUUGGACAUUAAUGCAAACAGGUGGGGGCUUGUCAAGGAGAGUCAUAUGGAUAGUCAUA